CUCAAGGUGGUCUCUGCAAAGCCGAAGAUGGCGACAGACUGAGAGGGACAGUGGGAAGGGUGAAUCGGGAUGAUGAGGAACACACAUAUAUCCUUCUGCACUACAGACGCAAGAAAAAACAAGAAAACAUUCUGUCAAGGAUGACAGUGGUAAGAUAUAAUCUUCCAGAAUCUUGUUCGUUUCCCGAAAGGUUCAACAGGGCGCUAAGGAGGCUGUGUGGAAUGUUGCAGAAUGUUGAAACGAGCGGCGUGUAAGGACGAUUUGUCGGGAUAUACGUUUUCUUCGCCAAUGGAUGGUCCAAAAAAUUAGACGCAGCGGUGGGGGGAAGUGGUUUGAUAUCUUAUUUCAGUCCAGAGAGAAACAUUACCCAACAUCAUGCUGCUAAGAAGGUAGAUGAUAUUGUUUGGGGAGAAAAUUGGAGAGGAGAAAAAAAAAACAGCCGGGGAUCACUUUUGUCUCCCCCUAAAAUAUGAUCCGGGGUGUUUGGAUGUGUCGAAGGGAAGACGAUGCCGUGCUGAAAAUCUGCUGUGCACCCAAACAAAACGACAAACCUUACGCCGAUUCCGAGAGGGCACAGAAAUGGCGAAUGUCUUUGGCAUCCCUUUUAUUUUUUACAGUCCUCCUUUCUGACCAUCUCUGGUUGUGUGCUGGAGUUAAACUGCAGUCCGGGGACAGGGGCUAUGGCGAACCUUUGAGUAACGCGACCGUUGGGGACCGUCUAACACCGAAGGAGGGGGAGCACGAUGUUUUUCUAAGCAAUUCGACAAAAUUUGUCGCUCCAAGUCCUCAGUGUACCGCUGUACAAACUCGCGGAGAUCUGGAGUCAGCCUGCGCCACACUGCGUUUGCAGCCAACAGACGUCGGGUCAUCAUUUUCAACUCCAUUGACGUUUUCGUCACAGUCUUUGUUGGCUUAUUUUAGGAAUUUCAGCCUUUCUUUUUGUGAUUCCUACACCAUCUCCGAUCUGCUUCUGGGAAUGGCGAACCCGGACGGGUUGAACUGCAGUCUUCGGAACAUGAUGUGGGAUUUGGGUCGCGGGGGCGCGGAUGAUGACGACGACGUGUGCAGUGGCUGCAUUCAGGCGUAUGCGAGGUUGGACCAACACGCUCAGGAAAAAUACGAGGAGUUUGACUUCCUCUUUCUCAAGUAUUUAUCGGGGGAUUAUUCAGUCAGAUCACACACCGAGGACUGUAAGUCAGUCUACAAAGCCUGGUUAUGCGCCGAAUAUUUCAGUGCUACCCAGACGCAGUGCCACCAUAGAAUUCCCUGCAAGCAAUACUGUCUGGAGGUGCAGACAAAGUGCCCCUUCGUGCUACCCGACAAUGACGAUUUAGUCUACGGGGGAUUGUCCAGUUUCAUCUGUACAGGGUUGCUAGAAGAAGACCAUGUGACCGACGGAGAGCCGGAGUGCUGUGAUGUCAGAUGGGGCAGCUGCAACCCAGCGGCAUCGGGGGGCGCAGGCGGCUGCAAUGCCUCCACCAGCCUGCGGGGAUCGUUUCCGUGGCAGCGGCGUCCCUGGCGGCCCGUGUCGGCCGCUGCGCGGCUGGGCGGGGGCGCCGGCGGCAAACUCAGGCUGUGCGUGCUCGUCCUCUUCCUGCUCCAGACCGUCGUCAACCUUUCUGCCGUGCAGGACAACGGGGGCGUCGCCGUGGAGACGCCCCUCGAGGAGGGGUCAACCAGAGAGGAGUGACUGGAAGCCCCCACAGGCGAAGGGGCAGCGCUGUUUUUACACACAUGAGGUCGGGGGAAGGGGGUAUGAGGGUGGACACGUGGUGAUCCUUAGAAGAGGCAUCAGCUCCUGCCAGACAUCAGGGUCCUGAAGGAAGUAAAGGAAACAGGAAGCGUGGGGCAGUCCACUUCCUGUGUACACCCUGAUGUCCUUUCUCUCUGAAAGCGGAUUGGUUCGCCGCGUUCCCAGAAAGGGCUUGGGUACAAGUGGCCUUUUUUUUUACUCCAGAGGAGUAAUAUGACACAACACACAAAUAUAUACUUUUUUUGUUGUUGCUGUUGUUGUUGUCGAUGGUAUGAGUAUAAUUUAUUAAACAGAAAAUAUAUUCUAAUACAAUUUGUAAUGAAGCAGUUGUAGACCACGUAUGUCUGAGAGUUUAGUUGUUCACCCUACCCAUAUUCCCUUUUUUUUCCUUUAUCACAGUUAGUCAAUCUUUCAUGCAUAUUUUUCUACUCUGAAAAAGCUCUGGUUCUUAUUUGUGCAAUCAGUAAGGAAGGAAAUAUGCCUAACGCAGAUUGAAGUCAUUGCUGAGAAAUAGAUCCCUCCAGUAACGGUGAAGGCAAAAGCAUUCAACUGGCACAAGACAGUGUUUUUUAGCCUUGUAGCGUCCGAACCGCUGUAUCGUUGCAUCAUGUAACAUCCGAAAGGAUGUUUUUACUUGGCAAAGGGUUCAGUUGACGUAUUUUGUAUGACUGGUAGUUAAUAUCAUACUAUAGUAUAUACCUCUUUUAAUUAACACAAAUUGGAGCAUCAGGGGCCUUAAUGUAACAGUCACUUCAUAUAAAGCAUACUGUUGUUUUUAAAGUUAUAUUUGAUGUGACCUGGACUAUAAAAGUCAUAUGUCUCAUCUUACACUAAGGGCUUUGACAGGUUUUUUUGGAAUGAGGAAAGGGCAGUCUCCCUGUAUGUGUAUAUGCAGAACUGACUUGUAGGGAUGGAGUUGGACAUGUGCCUUUUUCCGCAGAUGGUACAGAUCACUUCAUGGCUCGAGAGCCCUUGAAACAGUUAAUGUAAAAGCAUAAAAAACUCCAUCUUGAUUUGUCCUUUCCGUAUCAAGACCAUCUGUUCCAAAGGUGAGGUCCUGCUAUUGUUGAAGACUUGAAGACUGCAGGUUAAAAUAUUUCCUGAUAAAUCAUUUGCACAUUUCUGCUUGUUCAGGAUUACAUUUUACUUUCCUGUUUUUUUCGUUAUUUUUAUUUUAUUUUUUUACUUGAAUGGGAUGAAGCUGGAGUAGAAUGUUUAAUUUCUCUGUCUUUAAAAUUGCUUCAAUUCAUUCAUUCAUUCAUUCAUUCAUUCAUCCAUUUUAAGUGCAUUAAAAUAUUUCAAUAAAAUGUACCCCAAGCAUCUUGAGAGCUAAAUAAAUUCCUAUAUAGUACUAAUUUUUUUAAUUGCACCAAUAAAAUGUUGUGAUUGUUUUUUCUAGAAUUCUUGGAUACAUGAACAUAAACAUAAUGUCGAUGUUUUAAGGGCUGUGUAGGAUGACACUUUCGGCAAAGUUCAGCAAAAUGCAGGGAUGGAUAAAAUUGUGUUUGUCAUGGUUCAAAAUAAAACUUUAAAAAAGAAAAACCCCACUAGGUCACUACUUAAUUCUGUAUGUAGACUAAUAUCUGAUCUCAGCACCAAUGGGUUUAAAAUGCUCAGUUCUCAUGUUAGACACAACAAUGUGUAUGUACAGUAAACACCUUUCAGACCCUUAAAAUGGCACCUUGUUGUAAAGCUGCUAAUGUAAAGUUGCUGUCCUUCGAGAGCCUCCUCAAAGGCUAGAUUUCACUGAUUUAUAACUGAAACUAUGUCGUGAUGAUGCUGCUAGUGGCAGAAAAUUUGAACGGGGACAAGGUUCGAAGGCCUCUGUCAUUGUAACAUUAAAAAUAUUUCAAUAAAUGUGUUAGCGCACAUCAUGCAACAUCACAAAUCUUAUAAAAGUUAGAUUUGGUCUUGACCAUCAUUUCCCAUCACUAACUUUUUAAAUACACACAUUUUCAACUCUCAUCAAAGUUACAGUUUCCGCCACCACUAUCCUUAAUUACAAUAAUAAAAUGGGGAGUUCACACAUUCUUAUUUUUUAUUUUUUGAGCUGUGAGAGUUAUUUCAGAACGACCGACCUCCUUAUUUAGGGGGUUAAUGCUGAUGUAUGUGAUCGAGCUGACGUGCGUAUGCAAGUGUGACAUGGCACUGUUCUGCAGCUCUAAAAAGGUCACUUGUACUCUGUUCUUUGCAACGUGUCACACGCUGUGUGUCACAUCCAGUGACUCAACAGAGGGGAGGCAGAGAAUGUCACUUGUGUUCCCAACAUGUAAAUUUCCCUGGCUUCCUGGAUGCCACUCCAGCCAUAUUUGCUUAUUUUGUUUUUUAUGACAAUACAAUGUCCGUAGGCUGUUUGGAGAACUUUUUUUAUCAUGACAUUAUCCCGUGACUGAAUGGGAAUCUAACAGAGAGACCUUCCCCAAUGUUUUGGGAACAUUUUGUGUUUGUUGGGUUCCACCGGCCUUCUGUUCAUAUAUUCAGGAUUAACUGAAAUCCAUAUUCAGGAUUAAUGCAGGAUUCCCCCACCAGGCUGUCAUACCUUUUUUAAUUUUCAGUUCUGCUUUAGCCCGGCACCAACUCAGUACACUCACUAUGACAUUAAAUCCUUCAAAUCACAACAGAGAUUAGGACGUGUGGUUUGCAUUCAUUUUUUGAUCAUAUUUUUUGCUGUAAUCAGAUUUUUUUUUAAUGGUUAAUGUUAAUGCCAUGUUAAACAUGCAAAACAAUCAAAUGAUGGAAUAACAGUGACAUCUCUGUCUCUCUGAGCGGGAGCUCACUGGUAGGCUGAUCUGAGGACAGGAAGAACAGGCACAGAUCUGUGUAUGUCUGCUGACCCCUGGCUACUUUACAGGGGACUCUUCUUAUGCCAUUUUAUACACUGUGGAUUAAUGUUUAGAACUUUUUUGCACUAGUUCUAAUGACGUUUAUUUUUGGGAAAUGGUUUGAAAAACUGUGCUAUAUAAUUCAUAUGAAGUUGCAUAAGGAAUAUUAAAUCAUAUCUGUUUUCAGUCA